AUGGGCGGCCGGGGGCUGCCGGUGCCGCUGGCUCUGGUGCUGCCGCUGCUGCUGGGGCUACCGGCGGCGGGGCGCGCCGCCUCUAAGGCGCUGGUGUGCCAGGAGAUCACCGUGCCGAUGUGCAAGGGCAUCGGCUACAACCUCACCUACAUGCCCAACCAGUUCAACCACGACACACAGGACGAGGCCGGGCUGGAGGUGCACCAGUUUUGGCCGCUGGUGGAGAUUCAGUGCUCCCCGGACCUGCGCUUCUUCCUCUGCAGCAUGUACACCCCCAUCUGCCUGCCCGACUACACCAAGCCGCUGCCCCCGUGCCGCUCCGUCUGUGAGCGGGCCAAGGCCGGCUGCUCGCCCAUCAUGCAGCAGUACGGCUUCGCCUGGCCCGAGAGGAUGAGCUGCGACAGGCUGCCGGUGCUGGGGGACACCGAGGUGCUCUGCAUGGGAUACAACCGCACGGAAGUCACCACCUUGCCGCCUUUCUUUGGGAAGCCCACACGCCCGGCCAAGGACGCAGCCAAAAACCUGACGCCACUCGAUGGGCAGCACCCCUCAGGGCUGGACUGUGGCCGGACUUGCAAGUGCAAAGCGCCCCUGAUCCCCAUCUCCAAGGAGUCCCAUCCGCUGUACAACCGCAUCAGGACUGGGCAGGUACCCAAUUGUGCCAUCCCCUGCUACCAGCCUUACUUUACUCAAGAUGAGAAGACUUUUGCUACCUUCUGGAUUGGCCUCUGGUCUAUCCUCUGCUUCCUCUCCACCUCAACCACUGUGGCCACCUUCCUCAUCGACAUGGAGCGCUUCAAGUAUCCUGAGCGCCCCAUCAUCUUUCUCUCUGCUUGCUACCUGUUUGUCUCCGUGGGCUACAUCGUGCGGUUGGUGGCAGGGCAUGCCAAUGUGGCUUGCAACUCAGAACACCACCACAUCCACUAUGAGACCACAGGCCCUGCCCUCUGCACCAUAGUUUUCCUUCUCCUCUACUUCUUUGGCAUGGCCAGCUCCAUCUGGUGGGUCAUCUUGUCCCUCACCUGGUUUCUGGCUGCUGGAAUGAAGUGGGGCAACGAGGCCAUUGCUAGCUACGCUCAGUACUUUCACCUGGCUGCCUGGCUCAUCCCCAGUGCCAAAUCCAUCGCCGUACUGGCACUCAGCUCUGUGGAUGGUGACCCAGUGGCUGGGGUUUGCUAUGUGGGCAACCAGAGCCUGGAGAACCUGAGGGGCUUUGUGCUGGCACCGCUUGUGGUUUAUCUCUUCACUGGCAGCCUCUUCCUGCUGGCUGGCUUCAUCUCACUCUUUCGCAUCCGCAGUGUGAUCAAGCAGGGCGGCACCAAGACUGACAAGCUGGAGAAGCUCAUGAUCCGCAUCGGCAUCUUCACUGUGCUCUACACUGUGCCUGCCACCAUCGUUAUCGCCUGCUACAUCUAUGAGCAGCACAACCGGGAGGCAUGGGAGCAGGCACAGAACUGUUCCUGCCCAGGGGACCCCCACCGCCCCAAGCCCGACUAUGCUGUCUUCAUGCUCAAGUACUUCAUGUGCCUUGUGGUGGGCAUCACUUCUGGCGUCUGGAUCUGGUCUGGCAAGACACUUGAGUCCUGGAGGCGCUUCACAGCCCACUGCUGCCGGGCCAGGAAACCCCCAGGUGCCUCUAUGUAUGGUGAGGCCAGCCCAGCACUGGCAGGCAGGAUGGUGCUGCCCAGCAUGGCCUCCUACCACAAGCAGGUCCCACUGUCCCAUGUGUGA